UUAAAGGUCUUGUUAGAAAAUUAUGGUUGGAGAGGAACUUUACUUGUGACAGGAGCAAUACAUUUGCAUGGAUUAGUAACAGCAACAGCUCUUGAUCCCAGCAUUGGCCGCAAACAGGACGUCACUUACACAGAAAUUGGGAAAAGUGGAGAAGAUGAGACAUUCUUGCAAAAGAUUGGAGAAAGGCUUCAGGUUCGCGUCUUUAGAGACUUCAAAUUAAUUGGAUUGUUUACUGUAAGCUUCUCUCUCGCUUUUACUGAAGUCUUUUUCUACUUGAGUUUGAUACCAUACGCCAUCAGUAUCAGUAUUGAGCCAAUGAAUGCCAGCUUCCUGAAAACUCUUGUAGGAAUGGGAUGUGUUGUUGCUAGAAUUGCACAGUGUGCUACUCUACAGACGGUCAAAACAUCAGCCAGACUGUUUGUGUUAAUUCAAUUCCUGGACGUCGCAGCACUUAUAAUUUUCAUAACUUCGAAUCAAUAUACUGUUUUGGCUGUGACGUUAUUUGCACACGGAGCGACAUUUGGGAUUCAAACUUGUUUUGUAUAUUUCCUGACAUCAAAGUCGGUUGAUGCAGCAUACAUUGGAGGUGCAAUCGGUUGGUCAAAUGCGAUUUACGGAUUAGGUCAUCUUUCUGCCUCAUUAGUGGGUAAGACUGCUUCUAGUCUAAGACCAUUUUGA